CUACACUUCACUUUCACAUUCUACCCCUGCAACAACUUCCAAUCUACCUACCUACACAACCAGUUCCCAACCAUGCCUUUCGGUCUAAGCAAAAAGGACAAGGAGAAGGACGGAGAUCUCGAGGCCAAGAAGUCGUCACUCUUUGGUGGGAGGUCCAAGGGCAAGUCAGGCUCGCCUGCGCCUGCAUCCAGCAACCCAUACGCCGUGCCACCAUCGGGGACCGAUCCAUACGCGAAGAGCAGUGGAAACCCGUACGCCAAUCAAAGCAAUAAUGACCCAUAUGCAAGAAGUGCCAGCAACUUGUCACAACCGCCCACGAGUUCGUUUGGAAGCUUGAGUUUAGCGGGAGAUAAAGCUGCGCCCCCGGCGUACGCCAACAGCGGUGGCGGCCCUGCGCCCAACAGAUAUGACAAGAGCCCUGUGCCGGUUGGAGGGUAUGGUGGGGGGCCUUCGCAGCGGCCUGGUUAUGGUGGACAAGGCAGUUCUUAUGGGCAGGUGGGCGGCUAUGGCAGCGAUCCAUAUGGCAACGGCCAGCCUUCGCACUCGAGAUAUGGAGCCGGCAGCUAUGGAGGAUUGGGCAGGACGAACAGCAACGAGACUAUGAACACACAAGCCGGGAGAGACGCCCUCUUCGGUGAUGCUGCGACACGAGCGCAGAGUCGACCAGCACAGCAAGAAGGACAGCUUCCUCAUGAAGGUGGCGAUGCCAGCUAUAGCAACACAGGUGGCUACGACUCAACGGAAAUGCCCGGCGGAUAUGGUUCUGGUCCUCCGCGAGAACUCACGGCGGAAGAGCAAGAGGAGGAAGACGUGAACGCUGCGAAGCAGGAGAUCCGAUUCAUCAAACAACAAGAUGUUGCAUCUACUCGGAACGCGCGCAGAAUCGCAGAGCAGGCUGAACAGACUGGACGGGAGACUUUGGCCAGACUGGGGGCACAGGGAGAGCGCAUUCAUAACACGGAACGAAACCUGGAUAUGGCGUCCAACCAGAACCGUCUAGCGGAGGAAAAGGCGAGAGAACUGAAGACACUGAACAGAAGCAUGUUUGCAGUUCACGUGGCCAACCCCUUCACUGCCAACAAGAGAGAGCAAGCGGCCAAUGCCAUCGCACUGGAGAAGCACCAAGCUGAGCGGAGACAGGCUGAUGCCACGCGCGCGGAAGCGUACAGCACAACGGCGAGACAUCAGGCACAGCAGCGGGAUCUCAACGGCAACGUAGUGCGACAGCAGAACCAGAAGAGUUUGGCUGAUCGGGCCAAAUACCAGUUCGAGGCUGAUAGCGAGGAUGACGAAAUGGAGAAUGAAAUCGAUGAUAACUUGGACGCCAUUCAUCGCGGUGCUCGAACGCUCAAUCAGCUGGGCAAGGCCAUGGGCGAGGAGAUUGAUACCCAGAACAAGCACAUUGACCGCAUCAUCAACAAGACGGACAAGGUGGAUGACCAGAUUGCCGUCAACAGAGCUCGUUUGGACCGCAUCAGCAAGAAGGGUUAGAGGGGGUUAUUGGUCUGGCGUAAACUACUUCAUGGUGGGAGCGUUCUCGAUGCAUGGGUACCUCAUAGAUUAGGCUCCACACAGUACAACAUAUGGAUUCCUGUUCACAGUCUACUACAUAUAUAUACCACUAUGAGCG